GUGUGGACGCUGAAACUGAAUCAAAUACAAAAGAGGCUUAUCCAAUAUCCAUUCCAUUCAAGCAUAUGAGUGGCGGCAUGGAAGGGUUGGCGGUUGCAGCAUUUCCACAAGUGUUGCCGCGUCCAAAAUUCACACGCCAAAGCCCAAAAACAGCUAGACUAUUUGGCUUCAGCUUCGUUACUGAAUUUCUCUCUCUCAAAAAGCAACAACAACAACAACAACAACAUGGUGGACGCGAUUUCCCCUUUCGCACAAUGGCUACUGCAUCAUCACAAUCACAGGCACAGGCACAGGCACAGGCACAGGCACAGGCACAGGCACAGGAACAAGUCUCAGGGAAUGAUAAUCCUGUGAGUGGGGAUUCUAUAAGGCAUAGAUUUCUGACAUUUUAUGCUUGUCGCGGUCACAAGGUCCUUCCUAGUGCGUCUCUCGUCCCAAAUGAUCCCACUGUUCUACUCACUAUCGCAGGGAUGCUUCAAUUCAAGCCUAUCUUCCUAGGCAAGGUUCCAAGACAAGUACCUUGUGCUACCACUUCGCAAAGGUGCAUACGCACUAAUGAUGUCCACAAUGUUGGUCUAACACCUCGACAUCAUACCUUUUUUGAGAUGCUCGGAAACUUCAGCUUUGGUGAUUACUUUAAAAAACAAGCUAUUCAAUGGGCGUGGGAGCUUUCUACCAUAGAGUUUGGUUUGCCGCCUGACAGAUUAUGGGUUAGUGUCUAUCAAGAUGAUCAUGAGGCUUUUCAGCUAUGGUCUGAUGAGGUCGGUGUCCCAGUUGAGCGUAUAAAGAGGUUGGGUGAAGAGGACAACUUCUGGACCAGUGGAGUGACAGGUCCCUGUGGUCCUUGCUCGGAAAUUUAUUAUGAUUUUCAUCCUGAGAGGGGAUAUGUAGAUGCCGAUCUAGGUGAUGAUACAAGGUUUAUGGAGUUCUACAAUCUAGUAUUCAUGCAAUACAACAAAAAAGAUGAUGGUUCUCUUGAACCUCUAAAGCAGAAGAACAUAGAUACUGGGCUUGGACUGGAGCGUAUGGCUUGCAUUCUUCAAAAGGUUCCAAACAACUAUGAAACUGACUUGAUUUUCCCCAUCAUAGAGAAGGCCUCUGAAUUAGCAAAUGUUUCAUAUGGCAUUUCUGAUGAUCAGACAAAGAGAAAUCUAAAAAUUAUAGGAGAUCACAUGCGUGCAAUUGUAUUUCUCAUCUCUGAUGGAGUUGUCCCAUCAAAUGUUGGGAGGGGUUAUGUAGUUCGGCGGCUUAUCAGAAGGGUUGUUCGUACGGGCAGGUUGCUUGGUAUAAAAGGUGAUGGUAGAGGAGACCUUGAAGGAGCAUUUUUACCAGUUAUUGCUGAGGAAGUAGUGGAAUUAAGCACACACAUUGAUGCUGAGGUGAAGAACAGGGCACCCCGUAUCCUUGAGGAGUUGAAGAGAGAGGAGCUUCGGUUUGUGCAGACACUGGAGAGAGGAGAAAAAUUGCUUGAGGAGAAGCUUGCUGAUGCUUUAUCAAGUGCCGAAAGAAAUGAAAAGAUACCCUGCUUGGCUGGCGAAGAUGUGUUUCUUUUGUAUGAUACAUAUGGAUACCCAAUGGAAAUAACAAAAGAAGUGGCUGAAGAACGUGGUGUGAGUAUUGAUAUGAAUGGUUUUGAUAUUGAGAUGGAGAAGCAAAGGCGUCAAUCACAAGCUGCACACAACACUGUCAAACUUACCAUCGGAAAUGGGGAAAAUAUUGCAGACAAUAUACCUGACACUGAAUUUAUUGGAUAUGACAGCCUUUAUUGUAAAGCAAUGGUAGAAAGUCUAGUGGUAAAUGGUGAUCCAGCUGUACAGGUUGUUGAAGGGAGUAAUGUGGAAGUUUUGCUGAACAAGACUCCAUUUUAUGCUGAAUCAGGGGGACAAAUUGGAGAUCAUGGUUUUCUAUAUAUUGUAGACGGUGAAAAUCAACCAAAAGCUGUUGUGGAGAUAAUAGAUGUUCAGAAGUCUUUAGGUAACAUAUUUGUUCACAAGGGUACUGUCCGAAAGGGUGUUGUAGAGGUUGGCAAAGAAGUGGAAGCAGCAGUGGAUGUAAAGCUGAGGCAGCGAGCUAAGGUUCAUCAUACUGCUACUCAUUUACUACAAGCUGCACUUAAAAAAGUUAUUGGUCAGGAGACCUCACAAGCUGGUUCUUUGGUGGCAUUCGAUCGACUCAGGUUUGAUUUCAACUUCCACCGACCUCUUCUUGACAGUGAGCUUGCAGAUAUUGAAGGGCUAAUCAAUGGAUGGAUUGAGGAUGCGGUUCUUCUUCAAACCAAAGUGAUGCCUCUUCCUGAUGCCAAAAGAGCUGGAGCUAUUGCAAUGUUUGGAGAAAAAUAUGGAGAAGAGGUACGUGUUGUAGAGGUUCCUGGUGUAUCGAUGGAACUUUGUGGUGGGACUCAUGUCAGUAAUACUUCUGAGAUUCGUGGUUUUAAAAUAAUCUCAGAGCAGGGUAUUGCAUCUGGAAUCAGACGCAUAGAAGCUGUAGCUGGGGAAGCUUUCAUUGAAUAUGUCGAUGCCCGAGAUUUUUAUCUGAAGCAGCUAUGUUCCACUCUCAAAGUUAAACCUGAAGAAGUGACGACAAGGAUAGAAAACCUUUUAGAGGAGUUACGGUUAGUAAGAAAUGAAAAUUCUGGUGUGCGUGCAAAAGCAGCAGUCUACAAAGCUUCAGUAAUUGCAAGCAAAGCGUUGUUGGUGGGAAAUUCAAAACAGUACAGGGUACUAGUUGAGUGCUUUGAUGAAGUUGAUGCUGAGUCACUUAAAAGUGCCGCAGAAUAUUUAAUGGAAACCCUAACAGAUCCAGCAGCUGUUUUACUGGGCUCAUGUCCAGGUGAAGGGAAGGUUAGUCUGGUGGCUGCUUUUACUCCAGGGGUGGUUGAUCAGGGGAUUCACGCAGGUAAGUUCAUUGGACAGAUAGCAAAAUUAUGUGGUGGCGGAGGGGGUGGAAGGCCCAAUUUUGCUCAGGCUGGUGGGAAGAAGCCUGAAAAUUUGGCAAGUGCCCUCGAGAAGGCUCAGUCAGAGCUUAUAGCUACUCUAUGUGAAAAAGGAAACUGAAUUCAAAUACACUUGGCAAAUAUUUUUAUGCUAAAGGAGCAGAAAAUAUUGAUUCUUUGUUGUUCGAGACUACGUCAGUACGUCACAACUAGGAGGGACGGAGGCUAAAGUAUAGAAUUUUCUUUCAAUUUUGGUAGGCAUAUAAUGGAAGUUUCAAUAUAGUGCAGAGCUUGUAAAAUGUUUGUCCAUAUGAUUUUAUUCUCCCAACAGAACUUGACCUGCAUUCGCACACAUGAUUCCAACUUGGAAUUUUUUACAGUCGCAUCUCAGAUUGGAUGCAGAACUUUUUAAUUAACUCUAUACUAUACAUGAGAGCUAGUUUUGAGAGGGAACAGCUGCUAAUUGUACUCACGCCUUUCUUUCUUGAUUGCCCGCGAGGAAGUUGGGACCCCUUAGAACUGAUGCUUUGUGUUGGUCAUGGGAAAGACAAACGAACUCUAUCUUUUUUAUUGUUUUAGAUUUCUCCAGAGUCACAGCCGGGUAGGAUCACAACGAUAGCAAAGCAUUAUAUUAUGUGUACGAGUCUCUCUAUAUACAUGCAUAGUAAAUAUACUUUCCAUUUCAACUUUGUGCUAUAAACCAGUAUCCUCCUAUAUCAUGAUAUGAAUCAAUUGUCAUGAAAAGUUCAAGUUAUGAGUUGA